UCACACACACACUUUCAUUUUUUUUCAUUUAACUCCAUUCAUUACCCACGUCUGCUGAGUGAAAGCGAAGCACCUCUUUCGAAAUGAUUACAAAGCUAGACAGUGUACUCUUGCCUCAAAAAAAGUUCAUCUUCCAUUACAAGAAUGUGCGCUGGGCAAAAGGGCGACAUGAGACCUACCUCUGCUUUGUAGUGAAGAGACGAGUGGGCCCCGACUCCAUGACCUUUGACUUUGGACACCUCCGCAAUCGCACUGGCUGCCAUGUAGAGAUGCUGUUUCUGCGCUAUCUGGGAGCCUUGUGCCCCGGUCUGUGGGGAAAUGGAAUUGCUGGAGAGAGAAGGCUAAGUUACUCCAUCACCUGGUUCUGCUCCUGGUCUCCCUGUGCCAACUGCUCCAUCAAAUUGGCCCAGUUCCUCAGCCAGAUGCCCAACCUCCGCCUCCGGAUCUUUGUGUCUCGUCUUUAUUUCUGUGACAUGGAGGACAGCCAGGAGAGAGAGGGUCUGAGAUUACUGAAAAAAGCUGGAGUGCAGAUCACAAUCAUGAGUUACAAAGAUUUCUUUUACUGCUGGCAAACAUUUGUGGCUAAGAGGCAGAGCCGCUUCAAGGUCUGGGAUGAGCUGCACCAGAACUCUGUUCGCCUUGCCAGAAAACUUCACCGCAUCCUCCAGCCAUGUGAAACGGAAGAUUUGAGAGAUGCCUUCAAACUCCUGGGACUGUGAAACAUACCACACCUGUGACAUUCUGUUGUCAUAUGACCAGAUUUGUUCUUAUGUCUGUUCAGAACAUGUUGGUCCAUCACUACAACUGCUAUACUGAGAUUAAAAGCAAAAAAUAAGACAAAAAGUGUUCAUGGGGCAGGGGCAUUUUAAAUGGACUUUGAGGGAACUGGGGAUCCUAUAAUGACCAUAUUAACAAAGUAGGUAAAUGGCAUUUGGCUGAGUUAUGGUGUAGUUAAAGAAAACAAAACAAGGUUUAAAUGGGUUUUCACAAAAUUGCUGUCGCUAUGGUCUAAUGUAGUCAGCUGUUCUCAGCGAAGAACUCCAGGCAGAUGCCUGCUUUGCUUAACCUGUUGCAAUGUCCAUGAAGUAAUAGCAAGGCUUUGAGUGCUGGAUAGCUGCUGCUUAC